GGAAGCGCUUCCGGGCAGGGGCGGGGCUUCCGGCGGCGCGCUAGGUCGCGGGGCACUUGGGCCUGGGUUGUCCUUUGCAUCUGCACGUGUUCGCAGUGGAUUCCGCGAUGCUACCUCUGCUGCGCUGCGUGCCCCGUGUGCUGGGCUCCGCCGUCCCCAGCCUCCGCGCUGCCGCGCCCGCCUCGCCUUUCCGGCAGCUCCUGCAGCCGGCGCCCCGGCUGUGCGCCCGGCCCUUCGGGCUGCUCAGCGUGCGCGCAGGUUCCGAGCGGCGGCCGGGCCUCCUGCGGCCUCGAGGACCCUGCGCCUGUGACUGUGGCUGCGGCUUGCUGCACACUGAAGGAGACAAAGCUUUUGUUGAUUUCCUGAAGGAUGAAAUUAAGGAGGAAAGAAAAAUCCAGAAGCAUAAAACCCUCCCUAAGAUGUCUGGAGGUUGGGAGCUGGAACUGAAUGGGACAGAAGCGAAAUUAGUGCGGAAAGUUGCCGGGGAAAAAAUCACUGUCACUUUCAACAUUAACAACAGCAUCCCACCAACAUUGGAUGGGGAGGAGGAACCCAGGCAAGGGCAGAAGGUUGAAGAACAGGAGCCUGAACUGACAUCAACUCCCAAUUUCGUGGUUGAAGUUAUAAAGAAUCAUGGCAAGAAGGCCCUUGUGUUGGACUGUCAUUAUCCAGAGGAUGAGGUUGGACAAGAAGACGAGGCUGAGAGUGACAUCUUCUCUAUCAGGGAAGUUAGCUUUCAGUCCAGUGGCGAGUCUGAAUGGAAGGAUACUAAUUACACGCUCAACACAGAUUCCUUGGACUGGGCCUUAUAUGACCACCUAAUGGAUUUCCUUGCGGACCGAGGGGUGGACAACACUUUUGCAGAUGAGUUGGUGGAGCUCAGCACAGCCCUGGAGCACCAGGAGUACAUUAGUUUUCUUGAAGACCUCAAGAGUUUUGUCAAGAGCCAGUAGAGCAGACAGACGCUGAAAGCCUUAGUUUCAUGGCAGGCUCUGGCCAGUGAACAAGUCCUACUCUGAAGCUAGACAUGUGCUUUGAAAUGAUUAUCGUCCUAAUAUCAUGGGGGAAAACACCAAAUUUAAAUUAUAUGUUUUGCGCUCUCAUUUAUUAUCAUUUUUCCUGUACAAAUCUAUUAUUUCUAGAUUUUUGUAUAACAUGAUAGACAUAAAAUUGGUUUAUCUCCUCCAAA